AUGAUCUGCAAAAAGUACUAAUGCACCAGCGUAAAAACUGCAGCAACGAAAUGAGAGACACCAUGAAUCGAAAGUGUUUACAUAAUUUACACAUAUGACACCUGAACCUACUAGUACGUGCUAUCCCGCAUCUGCUUCUGCACUUUUAUCCACGUCAAAGACACUUUCAUUUAUGGUUGACAAACUUGUUUUCCUCAGGGCUCCGCCCAUUGGCUGGAGGCAAGUGUGUGUUUGUGUGCAUGUGUGGCAAAUAGUGGAUGAGCUGGGUGUGUGGAGCUAAAGAAAAGGCUUGAACAUACCUGAGGUGGAGAGUGGUGACAGGUAGAGUGUUGUUUGAAUUGAAAUGCCACAGAUACAUAACCUUUUAUUAAUCUCUGACACUCAAGUUGUAAAUCUACCAUUGUAUUUCCUCAUUUUGUUGUAAAUCAUGCUCUUAUUUGAUAAAUUGUCAUUGUGUAUAUUCUCCGAGAUAAAAUUGUAUGUGAUUUCUUCCUGGAACUCUUCAAUUUGUUUAUUAGAUCCGAUCCCUACUUGUUUUCUUAGAGGAAUAGUUGGUAUUUUUUGACAUAAAGUUGUAUUACGUCCCCAUCAGCAGUGUAGUGCAUCAACGGUAACUUACCUCCCACUGUGUCCCAUGAGCCACGUUCUGGUUGGAUUUCGGUGAUGAGGAACAUAGUUCUGGUUAGUUGGUGUGGCCACUUUAGUAAAUAGUUUGGCAUCUCAAAACAAUAUGCAUUCAAUAGAGUAAUACAUUGCAUAACAAAACUGCCUCCUCGAAAAAAUCAGCCCUCACAAUCGCUCAGCGUUGCUUUCUCUCCCGUCAUAUCACUGCGCGCUGUCACCCGUCCAUUGUUGUGUAUGAGUUCCACAUCGGAUGAGGACCGCUGCGAUGCGUCGCAACUCUCUUCAUGUAAACACUGUAGAACACAUACACAAAAUUCACAAUUCAAAAUACCAUCAAUAAAUUGCACCUGUGUUCAUUGUCCUUAUGAUAUGCUUGGCCAUACCAUAACCCCACCUCCACCAUGUGCAACACAGACAAGAGAAACUGUGACGAGAUUCUAAAGUACAUCCACAAAUAUCGCCUCAUGUUGCAGCAUGAUCGUGCAUGGCCUCACUGCACAUUUUGGAGUGGCCUUUUAUUGUGGCCAGCCUACGGCACACCUGUACAAUAACAAUGCUGUCUAUUCAGCAUCUUGAUAUGCCACACCUGUGAGGUGGAUGAGUUAUGAAUGCUCACUAACACAGAUUUAGACAGAUUUGUGAACAAUAUUUAGGCCUUUUGUGUAUAUGGAAGAAGUUUUAGAUCUUUGAGUUAAGCUCAUGAAAAAUGGGAGCAAAAACAAAGGUGUUGUUAUAUUGUAUUUUUGUUGAUUGUAUAUAAAAUAAACAGAGCAAUCGAAGUAUAUCACCUUAAAGUAUAAAAUUAAAAAAUAUGUUGAAAACACAGACGGCCCCAGGCAGACAUAGGAGUGGCUCUCAGGGGACAGGGAAACGUUUUUGGCAGUACAGGUUGGGCAGAAGGUGUGGUUACACAGGCUCCAAAAAAAACAAAAAAAAAAAACGAGCCUCCUGGAGCUUGAGUGCAGUCUGUUGUGGGAACAGGAGCUGACAGCUGGAGGGAAAGGGAGUGACCUCCACGGCCUCUGGUCCUGCUGUUACCCAUGCAGUGUAUCAUAUCAAGGCCGCGACAGACUCACCAGAAUGAGUCAGUACAGUUCCCAGAACACACUGAACAUGAGCCGAAGAGGCGACCUGACCACCGGGGGGUCCUUCCGCUACUCCCGCAGCGAGUUUGUGCACGGAGGUGGUAAUGGAUACACCAACAUGGACGGAUACAACACUUUGUCCAAGUCUUCAGUUGGAGGAAUGCCGUUAGACACCGUAGGAGUAAUGGCAGGUGCCAUGAGAGGCGGGAUGAGUGGCCUCAAUGAUAUCCAUCAGAGAGCCGUGUCUCUCCAAGCCCAGUGUCAGGAGGACCUAAGAAGAGCUGAAUUUGCCCUACAGUCUGGCGGUUCUGCAGCCGACGCAGAGCGCUACAUGUUGAGGGCCAAAGACACCAUUGAUCAACUGAAGAACUAUGCGAUGGACCUGAGACAAAUGGGACAGCCGAGUGACAAUGUUGUCAAAACUUGGGAGAUUUGUAACGAUCAGCUGAAGGGGGUCCAUCUGGCCAUGACGGGCUCCUUGCAGAGGAGGAGGAGCGCUAAAGGAAGCUCUAGUUCCUGGGAAGAGCCGGGUCGGAGCUUUCAUGAUGCAGUGGCCUGGAUUACACAGCAAAAGCAUCUGAUUGGCACUGCUUCCUGGGGAGAGGAUCCUGCAGGCAUAGAGAAGCAUCUCAUCAGUCACCAGAGGUUUCACAACUCCAUCCAGAACAGCCCUGAAGUGGAACGAGCCAGGAGUGACCUGGUUAAGAAAGGAGACAAGGGAAACCUUCAUGCUUUGGACCAGGAGUGGGACAGUCUCCAGCAAAUGUCAUUUGCUCGGCUGCAGCAGCUGGGAGACCUCCAGCAGAUCAUUCAGGAAAUGUCAAAGGAAAUCAUGUGGGUCAACGACAAGGAGGAAGAGGAGCUGAUAUUUGAUUGGGGGGACAAGAACCUUGACCAGUACAUCCCACGGAAGCAAGAGAGCUAUUCAAAACUGAUGAGUGCCCUUGAGGGUAAAGAGAAGGACUUGAAUAAACUGAAGGUCAGAGUGGAUGCUAUGCUGAAGAACAACCACCCAGCUUCAGACAAGAUAGAGGCCUACAGGGACACACUGCAGACUCAGUGGAGUUGGCUCCUUCAAAUUACCAAGUGCAUUGAUGUGCAUCUGAAGGAGAAUGCAGCAUACAACCAGUACUUUAAGGAGGCCAAUGAGACAUACAGAUCUCUCCAGAAGGAAAAGGAAACCAUCUGUAAGAAGUUCGUACGCGACAAGAACACUUCACUGGACAACCUGCUGGAGCUGCUCAAGGAAUUGGAGAGGGAAAGAGAGACAAUAAUGGAUCAAAAGAGGCAGGUUCAGCAUCUUGUUAACAAGGCCAAGAGCAUCGUCAGACUGAAGCCCAGAAACCCGGAAGAGAAGAGCAGCACCCCUGUCAUUGUCAAAGCGCUGUGUGAUUUCAAACAGGAUCAGAAGGUGAUCUGUAAGGGCGACGAAGCAAUCUUAAAGGGCAACAGCCAGCGCAGCAAGUGGGAGGUUACAGGUCCGGGGGGACUAGAUAUGAUUGUACCCUCUGUGUGCUUGAUAAUCCCUCCUCCCAAUCCACUCAGCAUCAAUUUGGCCACCAAAAAUGAACAGUAUUAUGAGUCUAUCCUGUCUAUCUGGAAUCAGUUGUACAUCAACAUUAAGAGUCUCAUUGCCUGGCAGUACUGCCUUGUGGAUAUCAAACGCAUCAACUCCCUCACCAUCUCCAUGCUGGCAAGGAUGCAUCCCGAGGAGUACCGCGAUCUUCUCAAGAGCCUUGAGACUCAUUAUGAAGAGUUCAAACUGAGCUGCCAAGGCUCCCAGAUUUUUGCCGACGACGACAAGCGGAGCCUUGAGACCCAGUUCAAUGGAGCACAGGCCCACUAUGAAACUCUAGUGGUGCAGUUACCUGCUUAUGUUCAGCAGCAACACCAACAACAACUGAUUGUCGUGCAAGUUGCUGCUGAAGAGGACACCAGAAACCUCGAAGAAGAGCGACAGAGAGCAGAGCUGAAAAAAGUAAAGAAAGAGGUCGUGAAAGUGACGAAGACCGAGCCGGUGAAGAAGAAGGUUGUCUCUUCCUCUCACAGCUUAACAGAGCUGCACGCGCUCAGAUUGAAGCUGGAGGAAGCCGAGGGCUUGCUAAGUCAAUACGUUCACGUCUGCUAUGGAGACAAAGAGGCCAAAGACUGCAGCCUCAAAAUCACCCAGUUAGAGAGCAUACAGUAUGACGUCAACUUGAUCCAAGAGGAGUACUUAAAGCUGAAGGAGCGCAUCAUGAAGGAGAUGGAGAGCAUGAAUGAUAAAGAUAAAGCGUGGUUCCUGCAGAGCGAGCUUGGACUCAUCAAUCAACGUCUCAGCAUUCUAGAGAGUACCUCAUCGGCUUACCUUAAGCGGCUGCAGGCUCUUAGGGACAUGCUGCAAUGUUUGGCACAAGCUGAAGACAUAAUAAAAGUUCAUGAGGCAAGAUUGACUGAGAAUGAGACCACGUCUCUGUUGCCAAAAGAUGUUAACGACUAUAUGAGAACUCUUAAGGACAUUAAGGAAGAGUUGGAUCAGAGGAGUGAUAUUCUGGCCUCUAUGGAGGCAGAACUGGCCAAGGCAAAUCAGUGGAAUGGUGAGGUGGGUGGGCCCUUCCACAGGUGUGACAUCAUGCUGUCCAAAUAUACUGACCAGGUGGGCCUGCUGUCAGAUCGCUGGAAACGAAUACAGACACAGAUAGAUACCAGACUCCAGGAUUUGCGGCGGUAUUUGCCUCAGCUGGAGCACUACAAGCAAACCAGUUCCUCCCUUACUGACUGGAUUGACGACACUCGCAAAAAGCAAGACAUCCUGCGAGCCACCAACAUACAGAAUGUUCAAGUUCUGAAGGACCACAUAAACGAUGAGAAGGCUCUGAAUGCAGAAAUUAAAGCAAAAAGGGACACAGUAGAAAGUGUACUGAAAGACAACGAUGCCUGUGUGAACUCCAUCAAGGAAUAUGAAACAGACCUAGCAUGUUACGCAUCGGGUUUAGAGACUUUGCUUAACAUCCCCAUGAAGAAGACAAUGAUAAGGUCACCAUCAGUGGAUCUUAUUCAGGAGGCUACUCAACUGCAGACCCGCUACUUGGAGUUACUUUCUUUGUCUGAUGGCUACUUGAAAUUCCUAGGAGAGCUCCUCAAAAACAUGGAGGAGCUUAAGAUUCGUAGCACACGGAUUGACGUGUUAGAGGAAGAACUUUGCAUGUUGAGGGAGGAUAUCCAAGACCGCAAUGCCAAGAACAAAUCUCUUGAAGACGCUGUGGCCUGCUAUCAGCUUGAGCUCUCCCAGUUAAAGGAAAAGCUGUUGUCAUUGGAGGAGAUAAAGCAAACCACUGCUUUGCAGUGCGAUGCCACAAAAGACAGCCUCGACACUACUCAGAAUGAGCUGGCCGAUCUCAGUGAUCAGGUGACAAAUCUCAACUUCUUGCUGGAGGAAGAAAAGAGGAAGAGGAAAUUAGCAGAGGAGCGCUACAUACAACAACAAGAUGAGUAUGAGUCUGUACUUAGGAAGAGGCAUACAGAGCUAGAGAGUGUCAGCUGGUCCAAAGUGGAAGUCGAGAAGAGUAUGGCAAAUAAAGACUAUGAGCUUGAACAGCUGCAACGGAAACUAGCAGAGGAAACAUCAAAGGUGGCAGAACUUCAGAAGGAUAUUUCAAAGACAUCAAUCACAGGACAAUUGCUCCAGUCCCAGUACAAUGACAUUGUGAAAGAGAGAGAUACUCUGUUACUCCAGCUGUCAGAGACUGACAAAGAUCAUCUCCAAAGGAUAGAGGAGGAACUCAGACGCACUAAGAUGUCUCUUGAGUUAGAGCUUCAAAAUAAGCAGCAUCUACAAGAGGAGAACGAAAGAGUAAAACGAGAUUUAAGUUACUGGAAGGAACAAUAUGAAAGUAAGCAGGGCCUUAUUAGGCAAUAUGAUGCAGACAAGGAAUGUUGGGAGAAAGAAAAGAAUGCUUUGAAAAGCGAAAUAGAGCGGCUGCUCAGGGAACUUGGGGACCUUGAAGAAAUGUAUAAAAGGAAGCUGUCAAUCCUCCAAAAAGAACUUACAGAGUUGAUUGUUGUGAGACAAACCAUGCAGGAGGAGCUAAAGAGAGCCACAGAACCGCCAACCUUGGAUCCCGCCACUGUGGUUUUUGAUUCUGUCCGUAAACCAGUCACAGCAGCACAACUGCUUGAUUGUGGUGUUUUGGAUCAACCAACCUUUAACCAGCUCAUUAAAGGACAAAAGACUGUUCAUGAGGUGUCUGUUGAUAAAAAGGUUAUUCUAAAAGGGACAGGCCCAAUAGCAGGAGUGAUCAUUGAAAACCCAGAAGGUGACCCAUCUAUUUCUGGUUUCCCCUAUAAAAUAACUCUCACCGAAGCAAAGAAAGAGUGCCUCCUACCACCAGAUGCUGUUGACAUGCUACUAGAUGCACAGGCAGCAACAGGCCACAUCAUUGAUCCAAGAACUAAUCAAAAGUUGACAGUUGAAGAGGCAUGUCAUCAGGGUGUAGUUGAUGAAGAGGAUCGACAGAGGUUGACAACAGCAGAAGCAGCGGCUGUAGGAUUCAGAGUACAUGCCACAGACGAACCCCUCUCAGUAUUUCAGGCCAUGAAGAAGGGACUGGUUGACAAGACAACAACAUUGCGUCUGCUACAAGCUCAGGAGUCUGUGGGUGGCAUACUAGAUCCCAAUCUCAGUGUGUUCCUUCCCAAAGACACUGCUGUUAGCCGUAACAUUUUAGAUGUAAAUGUCUGGAAUACUCUGGACCAGAAUCCGAAGUGUUAUCUUGACGCAGACACUGAUCAGGAUGUCAGUUAUGGAGAUUUGAAGAAAAGAUGCAAGACAGAGGCUCACACAGGUUUGCUACUGUUGCCAAUCACCAAGCGGAAAGAUCCAUCUAAACUGAUUUUUGAUGGCGUCCGUAAACCAGUCACAGCACAACAGUUAUAUGAUUGUGGGAUACUGGACAAGCAAGUAUUUACCAAAUUAACAAAGGGAGAGAAAACUGUCCUCCAGAUAUCAGAUGAAAAGCAGGCAUUUCUCAAAGGGUUAGGCUGUAUUGCUGGAGUAGCGGCUGGAGCUUCAGGUAUAGUGUCUUUAUCAGAAGCCAAGAAACAGUUGCUGAUUCCCCCAGAUAGUGCAGAUUUACUGCUUGAUGCCCAGGCAGCAACCGGCCAUAUUAUUGACCCAAUAGCCAAUCAGAAGUUUACAGUAGAGGAGGCAUGUGCCACAGGAGUGGUGGACAUAAGAGAUAGAGACCGGCUUCUAGCAGCAGAAUCUGCCGCUGUGGGCUAUCGAGAUCCUCGCACAUUAAAACCUCUUUCAGUCUUUGAAGCCAUGAAUAAUGGACUAAUUGACAGAAAAACUGGGUUGCGCCUGUUGCAGGCCCAGGAGUCUGCAGGGGGGAUUUUAGAUCCCAAUCUCAGUGUGUUCUUCCCCAAAGACAUAGCUAUGAAACGCAACCUUUUGGAUGAAGACCUAUGUAAGGCAUUAAAUCAGAGUACAGCAUGUUACCUUGACCCAGAUACUGAGUAUGAAGUCAGCUAUGAGGCUUUAAAAAAAAAAUGCAAAACACAGUUCAAUACCGGUUUGACAAUUUUGCCAAUUGUUGAGAGAAAAGACCCUUCUAAAUUGAUGUUUGAUGGUGUAUGCAAGCCAGUCUCAGCAAAGCGGUUGUUUGAGUGUGGAGUCAUUGAUAAGCCUACAUUGGACCAGUUAGUGAAAGGGGAGAGGACAGUCUCUGAGGUAUCUGCUGAAAACGUUGUCUAUCUAAAGGGAACUGGACCGAUUGCUGGUGUAGCUGGCCAUCAAGGAAAAAUGUCUUUGUUAGAGGCCAAAAAACAAUGUCUCCUAUCCCCAGAGACGGCAGAUUUGCUACUGGAAGCCCAGGCUGCCACUGGGCAUAUAAUUGACCCCAGCACCCAUGAAAAAUUGACAGUCGAUGAGGCGUGUGCCAGAGGACUAGUGGAUAUAAAGUACAGAGACAAAUUAUUGGCUGCAGAAGCUGCUGCUGUGGGCUAUAAGGAUCCAAGUAUGGCCAAACCUUUGUCUGUGUAUGAGGCCAUGAAAAAGGGACUAAUUGACAGACAAACUGGUUUACGCUUCCUGCAAGCCCAACAGUGUGUGGGAGGCAUACUUGACCCGGAUCUCAGUGUGUUCUUGCCUAUAGACACAGCGAUCAAGCGCAACUUAAUAGAUGAAGACCUCUGCCAUGUUCUCAAUCAGCGUCCUGCGUACUACCUUAAUCCAGAACCUGAGCUUGAUGUUAGUUAUGGGGCUUUAAAACAACGAUGCAAGACCGAGUAUCACACUGGUCUUCAGAUUUUGCCAAUUUCAGAAAAAAUCGAUCCAACAAAAUUGAUUUUUGAUGGUGUACGCAAGACUGUCACAGCAAAACAGUUGUUUGACUGUGGAAUCUUGGACAAACCAACAUUAAAUCAUCUAGUCAUGAGUGAGAAAACUGUUCCUGAGGUAUCUGUGGAGAAACAGGUUUUACUUAAAGGGACUGGUUUAAUUGCUGGGGUUGCGGCUGGAGUAUUCAGAAAAAUGUCCUUUACACAGGCAAAGAAAGAAAAGAUUAUAUCUGCUGAAAGUGCUGACUUGCUGCUCGAGGCACAGGCAGCUACAGGGCAUAUCAUUGACCCCCACACUAAUCAAAAAUUGACUGUAAAGGAAGCAUGUGCCAGAGGACUAGUCGAUAAGGAAGAUGAAUCAAAGCUGUUGGCUGCUGAAGGUGCUGCCAUAGGUUACAGAGACCCAAUUACGUCCAGGCUGCUGUCAGCUGGUCAGGCCAUGAAAAAGGGACUGAUCGACACGGACACAGCUCUACGUAUACUUCAAGUUCAAGAGUCUACAGGAGGUAUUUUGGAUCCGACCCUAAGUGUAUACCUACCCAGAGACAUUGCUAUGGAUCGGAAUCUGAUAGAUUCAGACCUAUACAAGGCCCUCAGUCAGUUUCCUAAAUGCUAUCUGGAUCCAGACACCGAACAAGCAAUUAGCUAUCAGUCUUUGAAGAAAAAAAGUACAGCAGACAAAAGCACAGGUCUUUUGCUUCUCCCAGAACCUAAAAAACCUACAACUGUCCAGGGGCUUAGAGACCAGGUGUCUGUGAUAGAUCUAGUGCAUGCAAACCUUCUGGAGCCCUCCGAUAUUGAAGAAUUGAAAGAAGGCCGAUUGACAAUUCAAGACAUUGAAUACCGCUUGCGUUCCUAUUUGGGUGCGUCAACCUGCAUAGCAGGGGUAUUUGAUGAAGCCAGUGAUAAGGUGAUGACAUUUUUUGAAGCCAUGAAAGAGGGACUGUUGCAACCUGGGACUACUCUGGAGUUUCUUGAAGCCCAGGCUGCCUCUGGUUUUAUAGUGGACCCGGUCAACAACACUCACCUGACUGUUAGUGAUGCUUACAACAAAGGAUUGUUUGGACCAGAGUUCAAAGACAACUUGCUAUCAGCAGAAAGAGCUGUAACUGGUUAUAAACUACCUGGUACGGAUAAGGUUCUCUCCCUCUUCCAGGCAAUAGAGAUGGGUCUAGUUGAGAAAGAACAUGGCAUUCGUAUGAUAGAGGCCCAGCUUGCCAGUGGUGGUAUUAUUGAUCCUGAACACAGCCAUCGGAUUGAUGUAAAUGUAGCCUACAUCAGAGGGUACUUUGAUGAAAAAAUGAACAAGAUCCUGACUGAUCAAGGUAUUGAUACAAAGGGUUUCUUUGACCCUAACACAGAGGAAAACUUAACCUAUCUUCAGCUUAAGAAACGCUGCAUAACUGAUGGGAAGACUGGUUUAAUUAUUUUGCCAGUUGCGGACAAGAAAAAACAAGAGGCAACAAUGAAAAAUACCCUGAGAAAGAGGAGAGUAGUUAUUGUUGACCCGCAGACCAAUAAAGAGAUGACUGUACGUGAAGCAUACAAUAAAGGAUAUAUUGAUUAUGACACCUAUGUGGAGCUGUCUCAGCAGGAGUGUGAGUGGGAAGAGAUCACUUUCACUGCUCCAAAUGGCUCCAAACGGUUUGUUAUUGUUGACAGGAAGACAGGAAGAGAGUAUGACAUCAAUGAACUGCUUGAGCAAGGAGUCAUUGACCAGUCGGUCUUUGCUCAAUACCAGUCACGCAGCAUCACUUUGACACAGUUUGCAGAUAUCAUCACUGAAAAGACUGAGCAGAAUAUAUUGCCUACAACAACUGCCUCAAUUCCAUCUUCAGUGUCCUCAUCCUCAACAGUAAUAUCAAGAUCUUCAGUUUCUCUCACGACGUCGACAAUACCACCCACUAUUCAAGAGCAAAGCACUGCAACCAACAGUGUUGCUCAAGACUCUGCUAACACCCUGAAGCAAAUAUCUAGUGUUUCUAUCACCCUGGCCUCCCCUGUUGAUAGUGUUGGUGAAAGAGAUCCUGUUGGUGCCAUAUUUGAUACGGAGAAUUUAGAAAAAAUAUCUAUCACAGGGGCUAUAAAUCGUGGCCUUGUGGAUACCAUUACUGGCCAGAGACUACUUGAGGCCCAGUCCUGCACUGGGGGAAUCAUAAAUCCAGCAAAUGGUCGUCGCCUCAGCAUCCAAGAGGCUUCCCGCCUAGGUAUAAUUACUGAUGAUAUGGCUACUAAACUCAAGCCUGCCCAGAAAGCUUUUAUUGGCUUUGAAGAUGUAAAAACUGGCCAUAAAAUAUCUGUUGCUGAGGCUAUGAAGGAGAUGUGGCUACCUUAUGAGGCAGGCCAGAGGUUUAUGGAGUUCCAGUUUGUAACAGGAGGGCUUUAUGACCCAGAACUGGGCUGUAGAAGGACUAUAGCAGAUGCUUUGAAAAUGGGCUGGAUCAACAGUAGCACCGCUAUGAAGCUCCAAGACAUCAAACACCACACAAAGAAUUUAACAUGUCCCAAGAGCAAACUGAAGAUCUCUUAUAUGGAGGUACUUGACAAUUGCUUGGUGGAGGAAAGCACUGGUGUGAGAAUGCUACAAGCAUCAUCUGUGUCUUCCAGAGGAAUAAGCAGUCCUUACAAUUUCGCCUCUGCCCCAGGAUCCAGCACAGUUUCUCGUAGUGGCUCGCAACAAAGUUCCCGAAGGAGCAGUUUUGAUUUAGGCUUGACCACCUCCUUAGCGACUAGUCAUACCAGGCUCACCAACCUCUCCACGAGACCUGAAAAGAACCAAAAAUAGAACGAUCCUGCACCAAAUGUCAUCUGAGCAUUCUGAAUGUUCUAAAAAAAAAAACAUAUGAAUCUUUAUAUAUUCUCUGCAAUAGAAGAAACGGAAAGUUGAUGUUUUAAAUUUGCAUGUGUUGGGUGUCUGAAGUAAACACUAAGUGGGCUAAGAAAUGUCCGCCAUGUUGUAAUUUUUCAUACACUAACUGUAGUUCCAUUAUAUUUCCCAAAUAAAAUUUUGGAUUUGGACUUUGGUAACAUAGUGAUACUGUGUUUGCAUUUAUUCUGCUCUUUUCUGUUUUAAUGUGAGGUUUAAUGGCAUAUAUUAAAGUAACUCAGUUUGUUUGGUUUCUUGCAGUUUAUAAUUUUAAGUUCUGUAACACUUUCUAAAUACUGUAACUCAAAAUAAAAGCUUUAACCUUUU